AUGUCCGACCCUGAGAAGUACCCACAAAAUGACUUCGCUCACGAUGUCCACUCCAUUCAUCCACUGGUGAAUGGAGACAGGCUAGCCAGAAAGCUGAGUGGCCGGCAAGUGCAAAUGAUCGCCAUUGGCGGUACAAUUGGCACUGGUUUAUUCCUGGGUUCAGGAAAGUCCCUCGCUACAGGCGGACCUGCGUCAAUGCUGAUAGCCUAUGCCAUCUGUGGUGGUAUCGUCUUUGUGACAAUGCUAUGUUUGGGUGAGAUGUCUUCUUUCAUUCCCAUUGCUGGAUCCUUUUGUACAUUUGCUGGUCGCUUUGUCGACGAUGCUUUGGGCUUUGCUUUGACCUGGAAUUAUUGGUUCAAUGAUGCUGUCUCUACAGCUUCGGAUAUCAUUGCUUUGCAGCUUCUGCUGCAAUAUUGGACCGAUAAUUUUCCAGGGUGGGCUAUUAGCUUGAUCUUUUUGAUUGUUGUUAUUGCGCUGAAUAUGCUUUCCGUCCGUGUUUACGGCGAGGUUGAAUACUGGCUGAGUUUACUCAAAGUCAUUACAAUCAUCAUCUUUAUCAUUAUCGGUAUUGUUGUCAACUGCGGUGCUAACACUAGCCAUGAAUACAUUGGUGGCAAGUAUUUCAACCUCGGAGAAGCGCCUUUUGUGGGUGGCAUCGGUGGAUUUGCAUCGGUAUUCGUCACAGCUUCAUUUGCCUUCGGUGGAACAGAGUCAAUCGCCAUUACAGCAGGAGAGACUAAAAACCCAGCAAAGACAAUGCCCAGAGUCGUCCGCAACGUCUUCUGGCGAAUCGUGCUUUUCUACAUGCUCUCCAUUCUCAUGGUUGGCCUAAAUGUCCCCUACACCUACCCAGGUCUUUCGGAGAAAACCACUGCCACAAGUCCAUUCACCAUCGUCUUUCAAGAAGUCGGUAGCAAUGUGGCCGGCAGCUUCAUCAACGCCGUAAUCAUGACUUCUGUCAUCUCAGCAUCAAACCAUGCUCUUUUUGCUGGCUCACGCCUUCUUUACUCCCUCGCAGUAGACGGCUACGCACCCCGCUUUUUUGGCAAUCUGAAUCGUUUCCAUAUCCCUUGGAUCGCAGUCCUCGCCACCUCGGUGAUUAGUGGCUUGUGCUUCGGCGCAAGCUACAUCGGCGCUGGCCAAUUGUGGUCAUGGCUACAGAACAUUGUCGGUGUCUCUAACCAGCUCUCCUGGAUCUGCAUCUGCAUCGCCUCCCUCCGCUUCCGCAGCGCAAUCCGCGCACAGGGUCUAGAGCACCUCCUCCCCUUCAAAAACUGGACAUACCCCUAUGGCCCCAUAAUUGCCGCAGGUCUAAACUUAGUCCUAAUCCUCGUCCAAGGAUGGAGCUGCUUUAGCCCUUACUUCCAGGGCGUGGACUUCGUGUCGUAUUACAUCGAGCUCCCUAUCAUGUUCAUCAUGUUCGUCGCUUGGAAACUUAUCAAAAGGACCAGAUUUGUUCGCACGGCUGAGAUGGAUCUAAGGACUGAUCGGUAUGAUGGCGGUGAUGAUGAUAAUCAUAGACCUGAGGACGUCGAGGAACCUGAUCGGAAGGGCGUUUUUGAGAAAGUCCAGCGCUUUGGGCAAUGGCUCUUCCUCUAA